AGCUUCAAGCCCAGUCCGGCGAGCCUGUGUGGAAUUUGGUAAGCCGGCGCCAUGUCGCCGACUUUGGAGGUGCCAGACGUCGAGUACCGCGUGCGGGGGACCUUCCUGGAGUUCCGCCCCGCAGGCUCCGGCUCGGAGAAGAUGCUGCGGUCCAGGUCCGCAGGGAGCAUCGGCCUGAGCCAAGCAUCUCCAAGGCCUAAGGCUUCCGUCGAGAUCGGUGCAGGAGCUUCCAAAGUGACGUGCAGAAAAAGAGCAAGGAGUUCUGCGGACAUGCAUUUUGUGAGGUUGCAGGAGGCAAGCCAAUUGGCCCGAGGAUAUUUGGCGGACUCUUCCGCAUCUACCGUGGAGGGGAAAUCUUUCAUGUCUACCGCGGAGACGAACUCGGGCUGUGUUUCACCUUUCGGCGCCAAGGAGACACGCCUGCGGAGCGCUAUUGAGGCUUUGUAUUGGACGACGUGUCAAGGAAAGCAGCCGGGUCGUGGCGAGGUCAGCGAUGUCCUUUUGCACCUUUCCACCCUGGCGCCUAUGCCGUCAGCGAUCAAGUCACGGCUGAUGUCGCACCUGCUGUGGAGCUUGGGUAAGAUGCAGCACAAGGGCAUCAAGGCUUGUGCUUUGCACGACCUUUUAUCCUGCUCAGAGCUGAUGACCUUUCACCUCAGUGACCUGUGCGCAAUGCUCUGGGGCUCCGUCAAGUUGGGCCUCGUCGAGUUGGCGGGGCGCAUCAUCACGGCGCUGGAUAGCAAGCCAUUGGAGGAGGUGCCCCCCCCGAGCGUGGCCAACGCCAUGUGGUGCUUGAGUACCUUGAAGCUGAACACAGCAGCUGCCACUAGCGUCUUUAGAAAGUUGUUGCAGCUGGCAGUGGGCGCAAUGAGGAGCUUCACGUGCCAGGGUGUGGCCAACAGCCUGUGGGCGGUGGCCGUUGCCCAGGACUUCCGAAGUGCGGCGGGGCAUUUCCUGCAGCGGGCCGUGGCGAGGGCCAUGGAGCUUCAGGCCAGCCUCUUCCAGCACGAGGAGCUGUGCAUGGCUGUUUGGGCGCUGGGCAAGAUCAUCGGCCGGAAUGCCUCUGACUUCCUGCGGGGCGAGGGCAAGUGCGUGCAGGACUGGCUGCUGCUGGCCUUCAGUGAGGCCACGGAACGGAUCGGCCGGCUCAAGGUGCAGGGCGUGUCGAUGAUCGCCACCACCCUGAAGCACCUGAAGCAGGAGGGAUUCCAAGAGGCGCGGAGCUUCUUGUCGGCUGCAGCUCGAGAGCUGUCCGGCAAGGUUCACCAGUGCUCUGGACAGGCCUUGGCCAACCUUUGUCAUGCCUUCGUUUCGGCCAUCCAGAAGUGGCCGGAGACCUUGGAGAAGCCAGGUACAUACAAGGAGAAGGUGGUCCGCUUCGCGAAAGCGGUGGCGAAGAGAAUGGGCGCCCGGCCCUGGGACUAUGCUUGGAGGGAUUUGGCCGCAGUGGCAAGCUCCUUCGCCAGGGCCAAGCUCCAUGUCCCGGAAGUCCGUGACUUUGCAGAGGCCUUGCUCAAGCAUGCGGAGGAGAAAGCAAGCCUCGCCUACCAGGAUUCCGUGAAUUUGGCAUCCUUGAUGAAUUUGCCUCCGAAGAUGGAGCCGCGGGUGGGCGAGAACCCGGCCAACAAUGACCGGCGCCGGAAUCGAAGGAAGUGCAAGUUCCAGGCUCCAUGAGGACACUCAGGGCCUGCGGGAGUUCCCCGAUGCGCGCGGGUAUCGUAGAAUUUGUUGGAUAGCUUUCCUAGCGGAAGCUUGGACGCUCGGAAGGUCGUGUGUCAAUGGUGGUUUUCCUUGUUCCCGCUCCU